AGAUAGGUUAUUUUUCGAUAUAUGGUUGAAGGAACGAAAUUUUUGCCGGGAAAAAGUACAGAUAUUUAGAAUUGGAAAACAGUAGUUAUACAUUGUAUUACUUAUAAACACAAUGUCAAGCCCAUUAGGUCCGCCUCGUUCCAGCCGAAGCAAUGACAGUGGUUCUAAUAGAGGAACUCCACAAAAGAGACUGACAAACAAUACUGCAGAAACUCCAUUACGAUGGGGAAAUCGUCGUAUUCAAGAGACGAUUGCUGGAUCAUCGGAGGCUGGUUCCCAAGUUCCAGCAUCUUCUCCAAUUGCGGCACAACAAAGUCCACUUGCUGCAGGGAUGAGUGAAAUAGACUUAUCAUCUCCAUUGAAUUAUGGUACUCCUAGUUCUUUAGGAUCUAUACGUACUCCACGAAGUGGUGUUAGAGGAACCCCUAUUCGGCAAAGAACGGAUAUUAGAACCGAUAAGCAUAUGCGUCAAGUUAAUUUGUCUGAACCGAUUCCUGAGGAAGCAGCUAUUCCAGGUACAUCGGAAAGUGAAAACACAGGACCACAAUUAGUAAUUUGGGGUACAAAUGUAGUUGUAAAUCGUUGUAAAGAGCAGUUCAAACGUUUUGUGCUUCGCUUCAUUGAUCCAGAAGCUGAAAACGAUGAAUUACCAGAAAAUAUGAAUUUAGCAGAGCCAUUAUAUUUACAAAAGCUUGAAGAAAUUCAUACAUUAGAGGAACCAUAUUUGAAUAUAAAUUGUGCACAUUUGGAAAUUUUUGAUGAACAAUUAUAUCGACAAUUAAUAUGUUAUCCACAAGAAGUCAUACCUACUAUGGAUAUGGCAGCUAAUGAAAUGUUUUUUGAAAAAUAUCCAGCGGCAGUGUUAGAACAUCAGAUACAAGUACGGCCUUUUAAUGUUACUAGAACUAAAAGUAUGCGCUUGCUUAAUCCAGAAGAUAUAGAUCAAUUAAUUACUGUUUCUGGUAUGGUGAUCAGAACAUCUAAUAUUAUGCCAGAGAUGAGAGAAGCAUUCUUUGAAUGUAUUAUAUGUGGUUUCUCAACAUUGGUAGAAAUGGAUAGAGGCCGUAUAGUAGAACCUACAGCUUGUACAAAAUGUAACAAUAAUUAUUGUUUUACAUUGAUACAUAAUCGCAGCCACUUUUCUGAUAAACAAAUGAUUAAAUUACAAGAAUCGCCUGAUGAUAUGCCUGCUGGACACACUCCUCAUACUGUUAUCAUUUUUGCACAUAAUGAUUUAGUUGAUGCUGUUUCUCCUGGCGAUAGAGUAUAUGUUACAGGAAUAUAUCGUGCUCAACCAUUACGUGUUAACCCAAGACAAUCAAAUGUACGUGCCGUUUAUAAAACACAUAUCGAUGUUGUUCACUUUAGGAAACAUGAUUCAAAAAGAUUGUACGAUCAACAAGAAGGUAAAGAUCAUGCAUUUCCACCAGAGAGAAUAGAACUUUUACAAUUGUUAUCUCAAAAGGAGGAUGUUUAUGAGAGAUUAGCCAGACAUAUUGCACCAAGUAUUUAUGAAAAUGAAGAUGUAAAGAAAGGUAUAUUGCUUCAACUUUUUGGUGGUACAAAAAAAGGUGAAGGUCUCAUCAGAAGGAAACAUUUUCGUUCAGAAAUUAAUAUAUUACUCUGCGGUGAUCCUGGUACCAGCAAAUCACAGUUAUUACAAUUUGUUUACAAUUUGGUACCACGUUCACAAUACAGUAGUGGAAAAGGUUCCAGUGCUGUUGGUUUAACAGCUUAUGUAACCAAAGAUCCUGAAAGUAGACAGUUGGUAUUACAAACUGGAGCUUUGGUAUUAGCAGAUAACGGCAUUUGUUGUAUAGAUGAAUUUGAUAAAAUGAAUGAUAGUACACGUUCUAUUUUGCACGAAGUUAUGGAGCAACAAACCUUAAGUAUUGCCAAAGCAGGAAUCAUUUGUCAAUUAAAUGCAAGAACAAGUAUUUUAGCUGCUGCGAAUCCGUGCGGAUCUCAAUGGAAUAAAAAUAAAACGGUGAAUAUAUACAUACAUAUGUUAUAUUUAUUAUAUAGAACAAUACUUAACGAAUUUAUGAUUUUUUUUCAGGUCGUCGAAAACGUGAUGUUACCUCAUACACUGAUGUCACGUUUCGAUUUAAUCUUUCUCAUGUUAGAUCCUCAAAGCGAAGUAUUCGAUAGAAAAUUAGCACGCCAUUUAGUAUCUCUUUAUUAUAAAACUGAAUUAGAGGAUGAGGAUGAAAUCAUUGAUAUGAGUAUACUCCGUGAUUACAUUGCAUAUGCUAAAGAACACAUUCAUCCGACUCUCAAUGAAGAGAGUCAACAGAGAUUGAUUCAAGCUUAUGUUGAUAUGAGGAGAGUAGGUAGUGGCCGUGGGCAAAUUACUGCUUAUCCGAGACAAUUAGAAUCUUUGAUACGAUUAUCUGAAGCUCAUGCAAAAAUACGAUUCAGCCAGGUUGUAGAAAUUGAAGAUGUAGAAGAAGCAUGGAGAUUACAUCGUGAAGCCUUAAAACAAUCAGCUGUUGAUCCUUUAAGUGGUAAGAUUGACAUCAGUAUUUUAACUACUGGAAUUUCUUCAGCAGCUAGAAAACGAAGAUUCGAAUUAAACGAGGCUCUUAAAAAAUUAAUACAAUCUAAAAAUAAAACAUCUAUGCUUAAUUAUCAAAAAGUUUUUACUGAAUUUAGAGGAUCAUCUGAUUUGUUGGUGACACGUGAAAUGUUUGAAGAUGCUUUGAAAGAUUUACAGGAGGAUGGAGUUAUAAUUGUUGUUGGCAAAAAUUCAAUUCGUAUAUGUUAAUCAUAUUUUUUUAAGAGACUAACUGACAAUGAAGUAAUCGUGUUAAAGAAUUCAACCCCCAUCUUGCAAAAUAUGGAAUCUGCUGGAAAAGUGGGAUCAUCUUGUCGGUUUUUUUUAUCCGACCGAUCUACUGUUCGUUCCAAUUCA